GGAUGCAAAUGGUGCGUAGCCAGUCAGACGGACGAUGACGUUGCACGGAGCGCCCCUGACCACAGUAAAGAUGGCGGACACAUCGGGGACCGAGCUGUCAGAGGAGAAAGAAUCCGAAAAUGCGCUAAAGAAACGACAGAGAAGACCGUGGGGUGACUUGCGCAGGUCGGGUAAGGUCGGAAUAACCUCGGAGCUGCCGGAGACGCUGGGAUUUUACGACAUAAGUGCGGCCAGGAGGGAGCAGCGCGAGCAGCCAGCAGAUCCGUCGUUGGCGCGCUUCAUUUGUACAGAACUCACCAGAGGUUACUUCCUGGAACACAAUGAAGCGAAAUACACGGAGCGCAGGCAGCGCGUGUACACAUGCAUGCGUAUUCCCAAGGAGCUGGAGAAG